AUGUCGGAUCCUUUAGACACGAAUUAUGUACUUCGACUAUGUCAUAGAUUAUUAGAACAAAACAAAUCAAAUGCGUCAUUCGUAUGUACUGAUCAAAUAAUAAGUCAGAAUAGACUUAGUCCUCAACAUUUUGGACAACACACACAAUUUAAAGUUGACAAACGAGAUCGAAAUGAAACCAAAUUGCCAUACGGUUUGUUUGGAGAUAAAAAUGAUGAUCGUUUUACAUUGCUAGCAAAUAGAAUGAAUUUUUCAACAGACAUAAAAUGGCUUGAAUCGGACAAAGAAACCGCGUGCAUAACAAUUCCAAAUUUAGAAUUUGUGUUAAAACAAGUCAAUGAACUUGGACGUUUGCAUAAAAUUAUCAAAGACUACAUAAACGACGACAGCGAACACAUCGGUAGUGUAGCCAAAGCUUUAAGAUUUAGUUUACAAGAGAAAAUUAAUUCAUAUUACUUACAUACCAACCUUGAGGUAUUAGAACAUUCUAAGGACUACUUACACAUGUUCAUCCCUUUAGACCAUGAUGUAAUGAUAAGGUUCAAAUGUCUAGCGAAAGUUGUAAAGAAUGCUAAAGGCAAGAGUGGCUGCAAUUUAAUAUCGUCAGUGAUUCACUCCAGAAUUCGUGAAGUUGAAAAUAAAAUGUUUAAUGAGAUCACCGAACCCAUACGGGCGAUGAUUCUCCGUUGGAUGAUAGACGGUGAAUUAGAAGAUAAACAUGGUGAAUUUUUUAUAGUGGAAAACCCGUCUGAAAUUUAUUGGAAUAACAGCCACGUAUUAAGUUCCACUAACACAUUAGAUUUUCUCAACGAAUAUCAGAUAACCGAAAUUUAUCAAACUGGAAAAAACAUGAGAUUACUGUUAAAAAUGUUUAGUCCAAAAAUAAAAACAAAAAUUAAUAAACUUAGAGAAAAUAUCAAAAUCCUAGCUUCUAGUGAAGACGGAUUCAAUAUUAUGUCGUCUGACAAAUGUAGUAAAACAUCAAAAAUAAUUUUUGACUCGUGUGAUCAAUCGUCUGCUUUAUUAAUGGAAGUGUUAAUUGGUGAAUAUGAUUUGUAUCAACACUUCGAAGGAUUUCGAAAUUACAUGUUACUUGGUCGUGGAGAUUUUUAUACUUAUUUAAUACACGAGUUAGAACCAUAUUUUGGAAAUAACGAGUUACAUAAUUAUCAAUUGAAAGAUAUUAUAAAAAACGCUUAUGUUUUAACAUCUGCUGGAAAUGAUAGUAAGAAGCUGUUUAAUAACCUGAAAUAUAGAAUCGAUAUAACCAAAAAUAUGAAUUGGGAUUGUAUCAAAUUUGAGUACAAAAUUGAUGAACCUUUAAAUCAAGUAUUCGGCCCUUGCCUUAACUAUUAUACGAAAGUUUUUCAAUUCCUAUGGCGACUAAAAAAUGUAGAUUGGGUAACACAUAAAAUAUGGCAGGAACUUGCCAAUUUCGUAAAAAAAUCAUACAAAAGGAUUGAGCUCACACUUUUACGUGAAAAACUUUCAUACUCGUUUAGUUUUAGUUUUUAA